GGCUCGUACGUUGAAAAUAGUCCAUUACAAACUAUCCAAUAACGGCGGAUAGAUUGCUCGCCUCCUCUUUUGGCCUCCAAGGAGGAGGAGGAACAGGAGGACAAAAUCUAUCUGGAACCUGUCCCUUGUUUACCCUAGCCUAGCAUUAUUAAUACAUUUUAAAUUUGACAAGACAAGAUGCCUGUGUCGCGAGGCGCCAAGGCUUCUUCCUCGAAGGCGGACCCCUUCGACUCUGACUCCGACGAUGAUCUCGUACCGAAGAAGGGGGGCAAAUACUCGGUCCCCGCCGGUGGCAAGAAGCAGUACAAGGACGGGUUCCGCGACACGGGCGGGCUGGAGAACCAGUCGGUGGAGGAGCUGGAGAACUACGCAGCGUACAAGGCCGAGGAGACGACGGACACGCUCAACGGCUGCCUCCGCAUCGCCGAGAACAUCAAGCAGGAUGCCACCAACACGAUGAUCACGCUGAACAAGCAGGGCGACCAGAUCGGCAGGACGCACGAGAAGGCCGUCGAGCUCGAUCAGGACCUCGCCAAGGGCGAGUCGCUUCUCGGGAGCCUUGGAGGGUUCUUCUCCAAGCCAUGGAAGCCAAAGAAAACGAGGCAGAUCAAGGGACCAGCCCAGGUGUCGCGAGACGAUUCCUUCAAAAAGAAGGCGAACCGAAUGGAACAGAGGGAUAAGCUAGGUCUGAGCCCUAGAGGGAAGGGGAAUACCCGCAAUUACGCCGAACCCACAAGCGCCAUGGACAAAGUUCAGGUGGAGAAACAAAAGCAGGACGAUGCCCUCGACGAUCUCAGCGGCGUGCUGGGGCAGCUCAAGGGCAUGGCCGUUGACAUGGGCUCGGAGCUUGAUAGGCAAAACGAAGCACUGGAUAAUCUGAACGACGACGUGGAGGAACUCAACUCCAGGGUAAAGGGAGCCAACAACCGCGCGCGUAAGAUCAUCGCCAAAUAGGAGUCCAACUGCGUUGAUCGAUCCGCCAUUAUUUGAAGAAAAUCAGAGAUUACUGUGGAAUCGGCCUUGACCGGCACAGCUUUUGGUUGUCAGAUAACCCAGUUUUCUUUUGCUCGUACGUUGAGACAUGUCUCGCUCUACUCAAAGUCUGAUAUCUGUUGGCUUAAGAUUAACUGUUCCUCUCUGCGAUGAAAGUUGUACGAUGCCUGGAUGGAUAGAUACUGUAUAUGUCAAGGGGAGGAAAUUACAUGCUUGUUACUAUAUAUCCGAAAAAAUGGAUACAUGCUGACAUUCUAAACAA